UUUGCAUUAUUUUUGAAGGCUCGCUCAAAUCGAACCGUCAUUCUUGUGUUGGUUCUCGGGCGAAGUGGAUCGCAUAGUUGUUUUUUUUAUUGAGAUAGCCCUAGAUAGCUAGGAAUUACUUGGAAUAAGCCGCUGUCAACAUUGACCCAGCCGGCAAGAUGCUAAUUAAAUCAACGCUAGUAAUACUGUGUCUUUCCGUUCUGGUCCAAGCGGAACUGGUUAGAGUUCAACUGCACAAGACAGAAAGCGCUCGUCAACACUUUCGGAAUGUAGAUACCGAAAUACGACAACUGCGUCUUAAGUACGAUGCUUUUUCAGGACCAGUUCCGGAACCUUUGUCCAACUAUUUGGAUGCUCAAUACUUUGGUGCAAUCUCCAUUGGAACGCCACCGCAGAGCUUCAAAGUAGUGUUUGAUACGGGAUCAUCUAACCUUUGGGUGCCCUCGAAAGAUUGUUCCUUCACCAAUAUCGCCUGUCUGAUGCACAACAAAUACAAUGCCAAGAAAUCUUCAACAUUCGAGAAGAACGGUACGGCUUUCCACAUCCAGUAUGGUUCAGGCAGUCUUUCCGGUUAUCUUUCAACAGAUACCGUCGCGAUUGGAGGUGUUUCAGUUACCAAGCAAACAUUUGCGGAGGCUAUCAACGAACCCGGACUGGUGUUCGUGGCAGCCAAGUUCGAUGGAAUCCUGGGAUUGGCAUAUAGUACAAUUUCGGUUGACGGAGUUGUUCCGGUGUUCUACAACAUGUUCAACCAGGGUUUGAUCGAUUCGCCGGUAUUUUCUUUUUAUCUGAAUCGUGAUCCAGCCGCUGCCGAAGGUGGUGAAAUCAUUUUUGGUGGAUCGGAUACUAACAAGUACACCGGUGACUUUACCUAUUUGCCGGUCGAUCGUAAGGCUUAUUGGCAGUUCAAAAUGGAUUCCGUCAAGGUUGGAGAUGCUGAAUUUUGCAACAAUGGUUGUGAGGCGAUUGCCGAUACUGGUACCAGUUUGAUUGCUGGACCGACGUCUGAGGUGACUGCCAUUAACAAAGCUAUUGGAGGAACACCUAUCAUCAAUGGAGAGUACAUGGUGGACUGCUCUAUGAUUCCAAAGCUGCCAAAGAUUACUUUUGUGCUGGGUGGUAAGUCGUUCGAGUUGAACGGUGCUGACUACAUUUUACGAGUGGCACAAAUGGGAAAAACAAUCUGCCUGUCUGGAUUUAUGGGCAUCGAUAUACCGCCACCGAAUGGACCGUUGUGGAUUCUGGGUGACGUUUUCAUUGGAAAGUACUAUACCGAAUUUGAUAUGGGUAACGAUCGAGUUGGAUUCGCAACGGCUAUUUAAGCUGCCUUCGAUUGUUAGUGCAGUAGGUAGAAUGCUUUAGCUGAAUUUCCAAAGCAGAAGACAGAUUUUCGAAUAUCGUGAUAGAGUUGAUUCGAGUUCUCACGAAGAAUAAAUUUGUUUGUCCAUAAA